ACUAGUGGAUGCAUUGCAUAGCUAUAAAUGCUGUUCUGAAGUCUUUUGUUUGAGGACUAGAUAAGAUGGCAGGUGAAUACUCAUUUCCCUUGCUUGUUGAGCUUGAGGGGAGUCCUAAUACUUCUAAACUAAAAAACAAGUUGGUGAAAUAUUUUCAAAGUAAGAAAGCUAAUGGAGGGGAUUGCAUUGUUGACGUCUCAAAUGGGCAAGGAGCAGUUGCUUUAUUCCGGACUGAGCAAUCCAGACAGAAAGUGCUAAACAAGCAAGAGCAUGAGAUUGUUAUUGAUGAAAAAGUGCUAAAACUGACUGUUUGUCUGCCACCAUCCAAAGGCAGCACUGAGAAAACACCAUCAUCUCCGAUCAAGACAGACCCAACAUCUGCUAAUGCUACUGUACAAGAUCAAAAAUCCCCCGCUGAAAUCCAAGCUGAGGAGCAAAGUCUGUCAACUGCCGUUGUUUUGGGAAACGUUCAGGAGAACGUGAACCAAGAGUUUCUCGAGAUGCUUGUGGGGAACGUCCUUAACUCAGAGUCUGAUUUUAGUCUGGAGAUGCUGGGUGACAUAACAGUAGUGACUUUCCAGAGUGAAAAAGAAACAAGUCACUUUUUAUCAAAGGCCACCAACAAUAGAAUGUUUAAACAGAAGAAUCUAACGGUUAAACCCCUGGAAAACACAGCAAAAAUCAAAGUUGAAAAUAUUCCUCAGAACUAUGAUGAAGACUAUCUCACAUUAUAUUUUGAAAAAGAGGGAGUUGUGGAAGAUGUCAUCUUAAACAAAGAGGAGCAGUCUGCUAUCAUAACAUUUCAGGAUCCUAAAGAUGUGCAGAGAGUCUUAAAGAAAACCCUGAAAGAUCCUAUGAAAUCUUUCCCUUAUUAUGAAUCUCUGGGAGCAGCCCUUUAUGGUAAAGACAGACCCACAUUGAAACUCCCACCAGCCUUCAAUGAAACCAUCGAUCAAGUCAUUUGGAAAUACCUCUGUGAUACUCAGGAAGCUGCAGACUCCAUCCACCACAACCUCGCCCAGCAUUUUUGCAAGGUGGACCUCCAACAACCAACCGUCAAGUUGAGCCCCCUGCCUGAACUCCUUAAACUGGACGGCAUUCAAGCCAAAGACAUACGGCAAUGGAAGGACACUGUGAAGACUGCUUUCAUUCAAGCCUUGGCUAAAUACACAUCUCUGGAGCUCCAGGUUCAAAUCACAGAAUGGGAAGAGUCUGAAGCAGAGAUGCGCAAGGCAAUUCUGGGUAAAGAUGUGGACUUGGUGCCUGACAAGGCCACAGGGGUUGUGACAGUGGUAGGCCUGAAAGACGAUGUCAACAAACUAAAGCAGCCACUUAAUGAAAUCUUGGAUCAAAUUGCCAGCAGCCUUGAGCGUGAGAGCACCAGCGUUUCAGAAGUGUUCCCACUGCCUACAUCUACUUACCAAUUAUUGUUAAAAGAUGUAAUUGAAGACAAUAUUUUGAAGGAAUUCCCAAAGCUGAAGAUGACACAUACAUCUGACAGCCAAAGUAUGUUACUACAUGGCUUGAAGGAUGAAGUUUGGGGUGCAUUUAAAACAUUAACCAGUAGAACCUUGUCAGUGAAAAAGAGGCAGAUAAGUUUGGAUGAUCACGUCUUUCAGUUUUUGCAAGAAGAAGGUCAAGACAAGAUCACAGAUUAUCUACAAACUUCCCAGGGUAUGAACGCUGCUCUUGACAUAGAUGGAAACAGAGUAGAGCUGCAGGCUCUGUCUGAUAUAACACUGACUGAAGCAGCAGAGCAAAUCAAUACUUGUUUUGAUUCACAAUACAUGGAUGUUCAAGACUUCAAUAUCUUGAAAACACCAAAAUGGCAAGACUUUGUCACCCAAUUAGAGAGUUCCAAAAAUAAUCCAUCAAAACAAAUCCUGAUCAAGACAUGUGGUCAACAAGUUAUAGUGUGUGGUUAUGCAGACACUGUCAAUUUGGUGCAGAAGGAUAUUGAAGAAUACCUAAGACAGAAUGGACCAAUAGUUGAAACUCUUCAGGUCAAGUCUGAGACUGUUAUAACCUUCAUUGAGGAACACUGCAAGGAUUCAUGGGCUAAUGAAGUCAAAGAUAAAGUGAAGGUUUCCUUCCAGAAUCAGACCAUUUCUUUGAGUGGCUGUAGAACACAUGUGGAAGACUGCAAGGCUCUGUUUGAAAACUUGAUAUCUUCCACUUUCUUUGACACCAUGACAAUUUCAAAUAUUGGAGCAAAGAAAUUCUUUCAAGACAAUAAAAAAAUGUAUGUUACCUCUCUCAAAAGCAAUACAGGCUGUGUGGUCAAACUAAUUAAUGAUGAAAAUGAUGGAGAGGACAGUCUUCCUGCAAAUGGAGCAAAAUGUAGAUACCGACAUCACACAUCCAAUGGGGUCGAAAUUGUGGUUUGUGAAGCUGAUAUGUGUAAAUGUACCACGGACGCCGUAGUCAGUUCUACUAACGAGAAUCUGAAACUCAAUGGAGGUCUCGCCGGCGCACUCCUGAAAGCUGCUGGACCACAACUGCAGGAGGAAUGUGAUCAGAUCAUCUACCGCAGGGGGGAACUUGAACCAGGAGACUGUGUCCUUACCAAUGCUGGGAGGCUUCCCUGCCAAUUCAUCAUUCAUGCUGUGGGACCAACUUAUGACACUGGAAACCCCCAGAAGGCCGUGGGGCAGUUGAGAAGAGCCGUGAAAGGGAGCCUGGAUUUAGCAGAGACUAACAACUGCCUGUCUGUGUCUCUGCCAGCCAUCAGCUCUGGAAACCUCGGCUUUCCUCUACAACUAUGCACACAAACUAUCACAAGAGCUAUCAAGGAUUUCUGUGAUGACAAGUUUGGAAAUAAUACUCUGAGGAAGAUUAAUCUGGUGAGCAAUGAUGACAAGACCAUUCAGUCCAUGGUUGAAGCAAUGCUGAAGGAGUUUGGGGGCCACAGAACCAUUGAUCCUAACAUCCAAAAGCGUCAAGCUAUAUCCACAAAUACCCAACAUGGUCAAUGGGUUGAACAAUCUGGAUCAUUGACAGCAAAGACCAUGGAGGGGCUCACAGUCAAGCUGAUAAAGGGGAACAUCCAAGAUUCAGUGACAGAGAUGAUUGUAAACACAGUAGGACUAGAUCUAGAACUUGACAGAGGAGCAGUCUCCAAAGCCAUAUCCACUGCUGCAGGACCUAAACUUCAAGACCUGAUAAAGAAAAAUGGUAAAAGUGUACAUGAGGGAGCAGUCAUUAUUACUGAUGGUUGUAACCUCAGGAGCAAAAUGGUGUUUCAUGUGAUUGCGCCACAAUGGAAGCAAGGAAGUGAUCAACAAGAAAAGAUGUUGACUGAGAUCAUAAAAAAGUGUCUUUCUGAAGCGGAGCAGAUGGGUCUUUGCUCAGUGACCUUCCCGGCCAUCGGGACAGGAAACCUAGGUUACCCCAAAGACAUUGUGGCUUCUCUCAUGUUGGAACAAGUCAUUCAAUUCAGCAGCAAGAAGCAACCUAGACACUUGAAAGGAGUGACAUUCAUCUUACAUCCAAGUGAUCAAGAGACAAUUCAGAUUUUCACCAAUACAUAUAAGAAAAGAUUCACCAAAGAGACAAAAUCAGGGAGCCCGACAUCUACGUCAAAACAAAAUACUGAAAGAACUGUCACUAAGGUCACAUCGUCCAGCUCAGGGAUUCAUGAGUUUCAAAUAGACAGAGUGACUGUCCAGGUUGCCGUGGGAGACAUCACAAAGGAGACCACAGAUGUCAUUGUCAACUUCUCAAACGAGGAUUUCACCCACAGUAUAGGGGAUUCUGAGUCCAUUUUGGAUGCAGCAGGAUCAACUGUCAAAGAGAGAUGCAAACAACUUCGAUUUGAGCCUCAUGAAGGCCUGAUCAUGACCAUGCCAGGUAACCUGCUGUCUAAGAACAUUGUUCAUGUUGCUCAAAAGAACAACAAAACAGUUGACCCCAAGGAAAUAGUUGAGGCUGUGAAGAGUUCCAUAGAAAUGUCAGCAGAGAACACGUUUACUUCAAUUUCAUUUCCUGCUCUUGGUCUUGGACACUUAAAGCCAACUCAGGUGGCAGAUGCCAUGUUGGAUGCAGUUGUCGCUGUGGUGCGCAAGAAGUCUCAUCUCAAACUGAACCUGGUCAGGAUCGUCCUCGUUCAGCAAGACGUGCUGAAAGAGUUUCACAGCCGUAUGUUGAAGAAAGAAGGGAUGAAGGUUGAGGAAACAAAGGGUUUCUUUCAAAUCCUAACACGGUUGGCAGUAGCUCUAGGAUUAUCCAGGGAAACCGAUGAUACGACAAAAGAGGAAGAGGUCUCAGUCCAGGAAAUUAAUCCAGCCUGCUUCCACAUCUGCGGAGGCUCUACAGCAAAAGUACAGGAUGCAAAACAGUGGAUUAGGACACUAAUUGAAAAAGAACAAGUAUGCCGUACCAUAACUGACAAAGCCAUCCUCAACUUAUCAGAAUCUGAUAAGCGGCGUAUUAUUCAAAUACGGGCCAGCAUGGCUGUAAAUGUGACACUGACCUACAAGUCUGAGACAGUGCCUAUAUUAUACAUAGAGGGUCUCAAAGAUGAUGUGCACGAAGCUACCACUGAAAUCCAGGAGAUGCUGUUAAGAGUGCGAGAUGAGGAGACCUCUAUGUUCUUCCCCAAGCACUGGGAGCCCAUGCCAGCCAACACACCAUGCCUGUCCUGUGUCCUUGAUCCUUACAGCCAGGAGUACCAGGAUGUUUAUAGUCACUUUAACAAAACUUGCCACCAAAAAGUGUUAAAGAUUGAAAGAAUCCAGAAUCAAAACCUGUGGAAGAGCUACGAAAUCAAGAAACAAGACAUGGAGAUCAGGAACAGUCACCAGAACAACGAGAAGAAGCUCUUCCAUGGUGCUUGCUAUACAACCAUAAAACACAUCAAUGAACAUGGCUUUAAUCGGAGCUAUGCUGGAAAAAAUAUGGCAUUACAUGGAAACGGCACUUACUUUGCUAUUAAAGCAAGUUACUCUGCUGAUGACACAUACUCAAAACCAGAUCCUCAAAAGCACAAGUGUGUGUACCUAUGUCGAGUUUUAGUCGGGGAAUUUACACAAGGAGCAAAGGGGAUGAAUGUGCCUCCACUUAAAGAUCCUGCAGGCACGGAUCUCUUCGAUAGUGUGACAGACAACCCUGCUGCUCCUUCCAUGUUCAUAAUCUUCCAUGAUAGUCAAGCAUACCCCGAGUAUCUGAUCACUUUCAUGUAAUCAUACCCCGAGUAUCUGAUCACUUUCAUGUAAUCAUACCCCGAGUAUCUGAUCACUUUCAUGUAAUCAUACCCUGAGUAUCUGAUCACUUUCAUGUAAACGUACCCCGAGUAUCUGAUCACUUUCAUGUAAUCGUACCCCGAGUAUCUGAUCACUUUCACGUAAACAUACCCUGAGUAUCUGAUCACUUUCAUGUAAACAUACCUUGAUUAUCUGAUCACUUUCAUGUAAACAUACCCUGAGUAUCUGAUCACUUUCAUGUAAUCAUACCCCGAGUAUCUGAUCACUUUCAUGUAAUCAUACCCCGAGUAUCUGAUCACUUUCAUGUAAACGUACCCCGAGUAUCUGAUCACUUUCAUGUAAUCAUACCCCGAGUAUCUGAUCACUUUCAUGUAAACAUACCCUGAGUAUCUGAUCACUUUCAUGUAAACAUACCUUGAUUAUCUGAUCACUUUCAUGUAAACAUACCCUGAGUAUCUGAUCACUUUCAUGUAAACAUACCUUGAUUAUCUGAUCACUUUCAUGUAAUCAUACCCUGAGUAUCUGAUCACUUUCAUGUAAACAUACCUUGAUUAUCUGAUCACUUUCAUGUAAUCAUACCCUGAGUAUCUGAUCACUUUCAUGUAAACAUACCCUGAGUAUCUGAUCACUUUCAUGUAAACAUACCUUGAUUAUCUGAUCACUUUCAUGUAAACAUACCCUGAGUAUCUGAUCACUUUCAUGUAAACAUACCUUGAGUAUCUGAUCACUUUCAUGUAAACAUACCCUGAGUAUCUGAUCACUUUCAUGUAAUCAUACAGAUUCACUGAAAUUAAACACCAUUUGUUAUUUGAAAAGUUGCACUGGAAAAGUAUAAUAAUUUGUCAUAAGUAACUAACGUUUGCAAUUCGCUAUAUACAUUUUGUAAGUGUAACCUUAGUGUGACGACCAUUAAGCUAUAAUUAACAAGUCUCUACAUUUAUCAAUAGAGAAUAUGUGCAUUACAAAACACAAAAGAGAUUUAGCUCCAUGGUUAACCUCCUAUCCUACCCACCAUCCCUACCUUUAUGUACUCAGGGGUGAGUGUUUUGUGGGUCAGUGUAAGCAGUAACGUACACAAACAGCUGCAUAAGAUUCCUUACAAGGUGUUUCGGUGAAGCUUUACACAAUAUAGCUGAGAUUAAGACUUCCUAGAACAGUAUGUAAAACCUGAUGACAUAUAUCAGUUUAUUAAGAACUUUUAAUCCCUCAAUGACAACAUAUUUUACCUGUAGACUUUACCAUUAUAAUCAAUAACAAAAGAGCAUGUGCUUUAUCUGUUUAAUGAUUUAUUUUUUGAUCUUUUGAUUUUUGUUUCGACAAUACAUGUGCAUUUGAGAAAAUCAUGGUAGGUUUUUGCAGAUUGCAUCCAAUUUGUGUGGUUUGACUUGUAUUUUUGUUAUAAAAAAAAAAGGGGGAUCAAUUAUCAUGGGGCAUUUACAAUUCUGAAAGUCUCUUAAUUGAACGGAAAUGAUUUUCAUUUAUGGGUGUGUGCUGUACUGAUAAUUAAAAUGUAAUAAAUAAAUACA